AUGGCCUCACUUCUAAACCUGCCCUUCGUCUCCUACUUCCUACCGUCCUCCAUGACGGCCUGGUCCACCUCCCUCAACCUUUUGUUUUUCUACAUGACCUGGACAACCUUGGUCCUCAGCCAAUCUCCCUUCAAGCUCGAGAUCCUCGGCACGCUCGCUAUUCGCCUCGUCUUCUGGCUCUUUCCUUCGCUGGUGUUUCUCCUCUUCGACACGCUCUGCCCUGGAAUAUCUCUCUCGCUCAAGUACAAGGGCGCCGUCGACUUGCAAGACCGCGAUGUCCGCACGCACGCCCGCCUUAUUGGCUUGGGGGUGCUCAACCUCUUGACUUCGACCGCUGUCCAGGCUCUUAUUUCGUUUGGGCUUGGCAGCCUCCUCAAGAACCCAGUUUACAGAACGACUACCACGCUGCCGUUGCCAUGGCAGAUGGCGAAGCAUAUUGCUAUUUUGUAUUUGCUGCGGGAGGUUUUGUCGUAUUCUAUCCACCGCUUCGUUCUGCACGCCCAAAAAGACUCGAAGCGCGGCUCCGGCUCCUCGCUCGCCGAUAGACUUACGAACUUGCACAUCCGCUACGCCCACGCCAAUAACACCCCCACCACCACCGCCAGCACCUCUUCCUGGCGCAAACCUUCUUCGUCGUCCUUUCAGCCAUCCCAACCAACACCUCUUACCCUCUUCGCCGACCAUCCUAUUCCCGCCCUCCUCCACCGUUUCGUCCCUCUCUACCUCCCUCCCCUUUUGUUGGCGCUCUCUUUCCACAUUUCCCCGCUUCUGGUACCUUACAUGCCCAUUUCGGUCAUCCCCAGCUCUACUCACCAUUUGCAUCUGUUGACGCUGCAUUUGUUUACGGUGCUGGUUACCCUGGAAGAGACGCUGAGCUUGGCCGGGUACACGACGCUUUUGACUCUGGUUCCUAUCCCGGGCAUACUGUUGGGAGGAGUAGCCAAGAGGCAAGGGAGGCAUUUUGGGACGGUGGAAGGGAUGAAGGGAAGGAGCGGAAAUUUUGGGGCUUGGGGGCUGGUGGAUUUGGGCUUGGGCACGAGACUUUUGAAGGAUGAGAUUAGGGAGGGAGGGGUUGUUGUUGAGGGUGAAAAGGGAGGUUCUAGUGCUGCUAGGAAGAGCAGAAGUAAGGCUGCUGCCAGUGACAGUGCUCCUGCGAGGAAAACAAGGACCAGCUCGAGGAGAACACAGAGGGAUGACCUGAGCAAGUCAUUGGAGGACGAGAUUAAGCAGGUUGCUGAGGGAUUGCGGGAGGUUGGAGAGGGGUUUGUGGAUGGGAUCAAGGAGUUUGGGGAAGGGAUGGGGGUGAGGAGGAGUGGAAGGAUUAGGGAGAGGAGUAGUAGGGCUGGGUCGGUGAUGAGGUGA